AUGGCAGAUCUGCAAACUCUCUUCAUUGUGGUGAGGAACAUUGUCUCCAAGCACAGCUCACAGUUCCGGGGCAAUGCGCAGCACGACGCCCUCGAGUUCCUGCUCUGGCUGCUGGACCGCAUGCAUGAGGAUCUGGGGGCUGCCUCCCCUGCCCAGCAGACCCGCAGCCCCCAGGAGCCUGGCAAGGACAGUGGCAGUGCCAGCAGGUCCCCGCCAGCUGCCCAGCACCCCCGGGGGCAGAGCUUCGUGCAGAGCCAUUUCCAGGCACAGUACAGGUCCUCCCUGACGUGCCCUCACUGCCUGAAGCAAAGCAACACCUUCGACCCCUUCCUGUGCAUCUCCCUGCCCAUCCCCCUGCGCCAGACCAGGGCUCUCAACGUCACCCUGGUGCUGCAGUGUGAGCGCUGGCGCUUCGUGCGGGUGGGACUGGCCGUGCCACUGCUGGGCACCGUGGCCGACCUGCGGGAGAUGGUGGCACGGGAGGGGUGCAUCCCCCCGGAGCAGGUGAUCCUGGCCGAGGUGUCCCCGCGGGGCUUCCUGCGCUCGCUGGGGGACAAGGAGGAGCUGGGAGCUGCCGGGGAGGGGGCUCCUCUCUACGCCUUCCAGCCACCCCCUGCCCGCCGCACAGGGUGCCCCCGCAGCCUGCCCGCAUCCCCUGGGGUGGCCCGGCCAGAGGGGCCGCGCCUGCCGCCCGCUGCCGCCCGCUCCUCCGACUGCCUGCACCGCGGGCAGGGCGGCCGCAUCCUGCUGCUGCUCUGCAACACGGCGGGCAUCGGCCCCCAGCUCGCCAGGUUUGGGCCGCCUUUGGUGCUGAGGGAGGAGCGGGGCAUCUCCUGGGAGCAGCUCCAGCAGAGCAUCCUGGCCCAGCUGCGGGCGCUGCUGCGGGGAGAGGUGCGGGCACAGGGAACAGGAGCCCUUUUCCGCAUCCGCCUGGCUGGGGGCUCGGUCCCCUGCAUCUACCUGUCCCCGCAGGACCCCCGCCCUCUCUGCCACCCUGCCAUUGACAGAGCCCUGCAGCUGAGCGGGGCAGGUGGCCCCCCCCACGUGAAGCUGACGGUGGAGUGGGACAUGAGCACCAAAGAGCGCCUUUUCGGCAACAUCCAGGAGGAGGUGGUGCAGGACGCGGAGAGCGUGCGGCUGCAGCAGCAGGCACACCGGCAGCAGCACAGCUGCACGCUGGACGAGUGCUUCCAGCUCUACACCAAGGAGGAGCAGCUGGCCCCGGACGACGCCUGGCGCUGCCCGCACUGCAAGGUGCCCCAGCAGGGCACGGUGAAGCUGAGCCUCUGGACGCUGCCCGACAUCCUCAUCAUCCACCUCAAGCGCUUCCGCCAGGUGGCCGAGCACCGGCACAAACUCACCACGCUGGUGAGGUUCCCCCUGCGGGGGCUCGACAUGGCCCCACACGUGGCACAGCGGGGCCAGCCCGGGGGGCAGCUGUUGGGGCGCUGGGCGCCCUGGCAGCCCCCCCUCCGCCUGCCCCCGGGCUGCCCCCGAGACUACCUCUACGACCUGUACGCUGUCUGCAACCACCACGGCAGCAUGCAGGGCGGGCACUACACCGCCUACUGCUGCAACGCCCUGGACGGGCGGUGGUACAGCUACGACGACAGCCGUGUGGAGGGGGUGCGAGAGGCGGAGGUGAGCACCCGCAGCGCCUACAUCCUCUUCUACCAGCGCCGCCACGCCGGGUCCGCCGGCGGCUCCGGCAGGGGCUCCGCCGCCCCCCCGGGACACUGGCUGUUCCGCCUGGCCGGCACCGACCCCGGCACGGACCCCGGCACCGCCCCCGACCCCUCCGGCACCGCCGCCGCCCCGGAGAACGGCGGGUUCGAGGAGCGACCCCCGGUGCGGGGUCUGCAGGGUCGCAGCCUCAGCGUGCGGAUCGCGCCCGUCGGACACCCGGGGCAGGGGGAGCCGGGCCCCCCCCGCGGCCCCCGACGGCCCACCCGGCUCCGCCGAGCCGCCAGUGCCGAGGGGACCCCGCGCCGCCCCCCCCCGGGCCAGGGCAGCCCUGGGGUUGGGGUCCCGCCCCGGAUCGUGCUGCCCGAGGGGGACGCGGGUGUCCCCCUGGGCCGGCGCCCUCCCGGCCCCCCGGCGCUGGGGCGGUCGCGAAGCUCGGCCAGCCUCCCCCCCCGGCCCGAGGGGGCUCUGCGCCGAUCCGCCUCGCUGGGCAGGGGCGCGGGGGGGACACCCCUGUCUGCCCGGGGUCCCUCCGGGGCCACACUGCAGCGGGGCCGGCAGCCCCCCGGUCCUCUGCGCCCCGCGGCCGUGCCAGAGUCCAGCUUCUGAGCUGCAGAUGGGGGUCAUCGCCCCCCAGCACCCCAACAGGGGGUCCCGAACUAAACCGGGAGCUUCCGAACUGCGGGUGUCCCAGUUCAAGGGUGCCUGAGCCAGAGGAUCUCAAACAAGGACUUCCAUCCUGAUCCAGGAACAUCCCGACUCGGGGGCAUCCCCCACCGGGGCAUCCUGACCUGGGGGCCCCGGAACCAGGGCAUCCCCAAGCUGGAGGCAGUCAGGUACCCCAGAGGUGGGUUAUCCCAAUCCAGAGGCAUCACAAGCUGGGGACAUCCCAAACUGGACUCUCACAAACCAGGGGCUCCUGAACUGGGGCAUACAAAACUGGGACUACCCCAAACCAGAGGCUCCCAAAUCAGGGCAUCCCAGCCUGAGGGCUCCUGAGCCGGGGGGGAAUCCCAAACCAGGGUAUUCCGACCCAGAGGCUCCUAACCAGGGGGCCUCCUGAACCAGAGCCUUCCAAACAGGGAAUCCUGACACGGGGGCUUCCAAAUGGGGCACCUGGACCCAAGGCAUUCCUGCCCAGGGCCAUCCUGACCCAGAGGCAUUCCAAACUGGGGCCAUCCCCAGCUGGGGAUUUCAGACCUGGGGACAUCCCAAACUAGCGUCAUUCCAAACCGGUGGCUCUGAAUCCAGGGGUAUCCCAGCACCGGGCCAUCUCAAACCGGGGGUAUUUCCCACUCACCCCCCCACGCCCCUUCCCCUGGAGCGGGCGGGCUGAGGCUCCCCGGCUCCGCCAGCUCGAGGGCACCAGAGUAUUUAUUGUACCAGGAGAGUUUUAUUCAGAGACGCUUUUUGUUUUCUAAAAGGCGACUAUUUUGGGGGGUGGGCGGGUCCCCCACACCACGGUUCUAUGCAAUACGCGAUUCCUCCAGCCAGCUUUUGUACGCGGGGCUCCGCCCCACCGCCGGCGGUUUCUAUUAAAGACACGUCAAACAAG